AUGGCCCCCCGCCGUGCCACGGCGGCCGUGCCGUGCCGCGCUCCCGUUCGACCCGAAGACGAGGAGUGCAUCGCGGCGCGACUACGACAUCUGAACGGCACCGGGGCAGUGGAGCACUUCCGGCGGAACCUGAACCACUACGACGAGAACAAGGGGGAGUUCUCUCUGACCAAGUUGGCCAAGGUGUACCAGAACUAUUGGAAGGAGAAUGAGAACCGGAUGAACGUCGAGGUACAAGAGCGCCCAGAUGCCAUCUAUCAGCUGUUGCGGGUGCCAGAGAAGAUUUGCAUCGAUCAUGAGCUGAAGGAUUUGCAGGACUUCUGGCACACCAUCUUGAAGACGAUGCUGUGCGACGGUGCGAUGCGAGAGCAGCCCGAGGUCGCCAGGUGGUGCACGCAGGAGCUCGCACCAGAAACGCCACCUAGUGUGCUCUCGAAAGGGCUGGCGGAUUUCCUGCAGGACAACCAGGCGCAGGCCAUUGAUGCAGGCAUCAUGUCCAGUUCGCAGCUCAUUGACCUGGACAAGUACAAGUACUUCAAUCAACACGAUCGCCGCACGAAUGUGUCCUUGGUCUACUUGGAGUUCCCCACUGCUCAGCACCUCUGGGAAUCCCUCCAAGAGCUGCUGAAGCGCGCACAGCGGCUUUUCCUCUGGCAGGUGCGGAAUCGCUUUCGGAUUCCCACGGCCCUGGGGGAGUAUUACAUGGCGCUGAAGUUUCAGCUGCAGCUGAAGGACAGCUCGUUGCACUACGCAGAGCUGCGAUUGUGUUUGUCCGGGAAGUCCAAGAAGCUGAAUACGAUCCAAAUGUUCCGAGAGACCAUGAAGAAGGCGGAAGAGAUCCUUCAUCAGAGCUGCGACGUGCCACUGAUGGAGACUGCCCUGGUGGCGCAGUACCUCACAUCGAUGCUCAGGAGCCGGUCCAUUAGACAUGAUGAUGUGGUCUUCUUGCGCUGCAACGAUGUGAACCUCGAGGUGGAUGGUGAAGACGUUUUCGCCCAGAGUGCUGAACUCACCAGCUGCCAACUCUUCAUGGUGGAGCGCGAGGCUGGCCCUGGCGUGGUGAAGGUGGGCGACCGCAUCCGACUGAAGUCGCAGUUCACCCACCGCUACCUGGAUGUGCAUCCCAGCAGCCACUUGCGGUGCCGCGCCCAACAGCCCUCGUUGGACCGGGAAGAGCUCGGUUGGGAGGGCCAGCAGGACUACGACAUGAUCUUCACGGUGGAAGUGGUGGGAUGCCGAGAUGAUUAUGCUCUUUCUCGUGUGGGCAUGGCGGGGAAGCUCAAGGAGUAUCGUGGACUCCAUGUGGAGUCCAGCCUCAAGCUCAAGGUCAAUGCCGUGAACUGCGUGACCGUGAGGAUGGGGCAGAACAACUUCUUGACGUCCUUCGGAGAGAGGUUUCCGGUGAAGAGCGAGCCGGUGAAUGUGCUCUCGUCAGCAGGGCAGGUGUUCACCAUCUACCGCGAUGGCGCGCAAGUCCUGGAUUUCCACGCGCUGCAUCAGACGGGGCGGAAGCCCAUCAGGACUUUGGCCUCUCAGACCUCAGAUGAGAUCUUGCAGAAGACCAUGAUGGAGGCUGUAUUAGAGGAUUUUGGAGGCAAACUCGGCUAUAGGCGAUUCCGCCGCCUUCUUGGUUGGGAGUCAUUUGGCGUUUACAAACUGACAACCAAGUGGGGAGACAGGGCCGUGAAAGUUUACUCCCAGAGUGGGGGCUGCUGCAAUUCAACUUUGGUCGCCAUAGUGCGACGAGUACCUGCCGCAACUUUUCUCGUGAAAGGGACCUUUACAAUGACCCAGAAACGCAUCAAGGUGAUCUACCACCACGCUGCAUCCGGAGAGGGGUUUGGGCGAACCUACAUCCCACAACACCGCCGCCAUGUCACACUAAACAUGGUGGCUGGAUUUGCAGCUAAGCAAGCAAUGCGGCUCAAGCUCUUGGAAAGCCACAAUCAAGGGAUGGCGUUCCUUGUUGGAAGCUCCGCCACGUUGCUGCGCCGUGAGACCGUUCUCUGGGCAAGUGCGAUGGCCAGGCCUCAGCCUGCACGCCGGUGUACAAAGAAGACCAACGUGAAAGCGGCACAGUUUGGCCGCCACGUCAGGUUGCUGGAAGAGGGCAACGCCAUGUCGUUACGCGAAAUCUUGGCGAUGUACAAGGCUCGCGGCAAUGGAAAGAAGUGGAAUGGCAAGCUGUGCUGCUAUGAGUUGGCCCCGCCCGGUCUGUCCGUCAAAGCUUCAUAUUGCGGAGAUCCACCGUGGAUCUUCUCUAGGUUUGGGCAAACGCUUUGGGAUACCCGAGCCUGGUCGGACCAAACUGCGGAUAUGGACGCUGAGGAGUUGCCGCCCGACUAUUACCUUACGGAAGAGGAUUUGAUUUUGCCCGGCGCAAACACGAAGGCAUUCGGCAGCCGAGGCUCCUUUCGCCGUGUGCCUCCUGCCUUCAAGACGAUGAGAUGCGGCCCAGACAAAGAACCUGCCCGAGGCCUCGUUGCGAAAGCUGUGGCAGAUGGGCAACUUGGAGAGUCGGAGGGGGCCGUGAGUCGGAGGGCGCCCAAAGCCAGCUCUAUGAACGUGGCGGCUGUGCUCCGGUGCGCUUACAUGUUGCUGGAGGUGCCCAAAGCGCCCGGCGGACGCAGGUACAUUUUGGAAGUGUUCUCGAGCCGUUUGACGCGGCACUCGGUGCUCUCCAGGAUCAUCAGCAUGGUCUCGGCCCUUCAGACGGUAGGCCAAAAGCUGCAGGAGUCGGAGGACCCAGACAUCACCUGCGCCCUGUUGCCCAAGAAGUUUUCCAUUCCAACCACGGCCUCGUUGGCCGGUUUCCAGGGACUCGUGGCGGUGAAAUCGCUCUCGCUCAGCAGGAUUUGUGAUGCGGCGAUCACGAAUCUCCCGCUGUGUCAGAGCCCGGAUGACGUCGAGGAUGUUCGACUUGAUGAGAUCAAGGGCUCGCAUCAGAAUCAGCGAGAACAAGAGCGCCAUGAACGCGAAUUGGCCACCUUGGACCGCGAGCGCAUUUGGACUCUGAGUCUCGUAGGCACCUAUGCCUGCCGCUUCGUGGUUCGGCCGAUCUUGCGAAAGCUGCAGGUGGCCAGCCAACGGCCCCUGCCGGCCGAUGAGCUCUUGGUCUUCGCGGACUUUGCAAAUUUGAUGGCUGCACUAGUUCAGAGCAUCUUUGACAAUGAGAUGCGUUGCCUCACGCAGGACCAUAAGAAGCGUGCCAGUCCAGAUGCCCUGGCCUUGCAAGACAAGGCACGCUGUCACGGUGUUUCCGUGGGAAAGGACGUGGCAGUCGUUUCAAACGCUCCCACUUCCCGCCUCAUGGCUGCUCUAGGAGCCAUCCAAGCCAUCCAACUCUUUGAGCCCAAGAAGAAGGGGGCACGCAAUGCAUUGUCAGAGGAGGGCCGAGCCACCGUGGUGGAAGAGGUGAUCCCGCCCAUCAUGAUCAAGGCUUUGGUUCACCUCUUCCUCUAUGCCAUCCAUCAGGAAGCCAUCGCCUUCCGGAGCGGCGCCUCCAACGAGGUGCCGGUGCGGCUCAUCUCGGCCAUGAUCAACGCGUGCAUUGCAGCGCUGGCAGCUUUGAUGACGUUGACCGGGAGCUCGAGCGCGAAGCAGUUGCCCUUUGAGCCCUCAGAGGCUGGAAGCAAGAUUUCUUGCGACUACGACGUUUGCGAGGCGGUGUCGCAAGCCAUGACGGAAGGAGCACAACUGGUGCCGCGCGCACGGGUGGCACAACUCCAGGUGGAACGAGGGAUCGACGCCUUAAGACCUGAAGUGCAGACGUUGAUCCAGGAGGGCGCUCUCGACUACCACGAGGAGAAGCGGCUCUAUGGUACCGAACGCGUCAGUACCAUCGCCUAUGUCUGGGCCCGGAACGAUAAGAGCCUGGAGGAGCAGCGAUGUAUCUUGGUGACCACCUCGCGCUUCCGCCUGGUCUUCUUGGGCUUCGACGACGAGGUGCCACAGCCCAAGCGCUCGGACCUCUUUGUGCUCGCCGUGCGGGACAUGCGCAACAUCCGCCGCGCCGUGUUCUCCUCCAGGAUCCGGCAGUUCCUGUGCCUUUUGUGGGACCGCACGGAGAUCAACGUCGAGAUGCUGAUCUUCGAAAGUACGUCUCGCAGACGCUACUUCCAAGAGGUCCUCCGCCGUGUGCCGCGCGAGCGGCGGAAGCUGGCCGGAGACAGCGAGGAGGUGAUCACCAGGCGUAAUGCGAAAGGCAUCACUGGCAGUGUCAAGGGCAUUUGGGAGGUGGCCGUCAACCCUGAGACGAGCCUUUGGCCGAGAGGAGGAAUGGCCCGCCUGCUGGCACCGAGGAUGGCCUCCUUGAUCGAGACCUGCCAGGUCCGCCGGGGCGGCAUUCCCUUAGCUCCUCGGUGCCCGCGAGCUCGCGAGCGCGCUUCGCUCGGCGAGCUCGAGCGACCGGACGGGACGGUGAGCGUCUCAUUUGUACAUACCUUGGGCCCUGCCAAUGUUCUAAGCCAGCGGCUCUCCCUGUUGGUGCUCACACGAUGCAGCCUCACAGUGAUUCCCUUUCGCAGCUUUUGGAGCCGCUUUUGGAGGAUGAAUGUGGAUGAGAAAUACUAUGAUGCGGAUGAGCACGUGGACCAGGCGGCAAUGGAUACGGACUCCGACGACGAUAUCCUCCCACCGUUCAAAGAGACGGUGGUGACAUCCAACGAAUCAGAAGAGAAGUUUGAGGCGUCAAAAGGGCCCUUUGACUUUGACGAUUUGCAGGGUGUUUGGUUCUUCGCCGAGUCCAGCCCGAAGGUGCGGCUGCAAUUCGCGCAGCCAAUUGACAUCACAUUCACCAGUGACGGAGAAAGACAAAGAUUUCGAAGACAUUUGGCCAACAUUUUAUCGGAGGACGCCGCGCCCAAAGCCGGCAAAACCUCCCAGGCCCUGGCCGGGCUGUUAGUAGCCAUUAAUUUGUAA